GGAAAGAACGCCAGGCGCAAGGGCACAGUUAAUGCGCGCGGAGAAGAAAAAAAAAAAGAAAACGAGAAAGGGUUCGAAGUGCGCGAGAACGAACGGUCAGUAUGCUAACGCUGAGCGAAGCGGCAGCGCGCCACGAAAGCAACUCCCCGCGAAAACGAUGCAGUUGAAGGGGGGCGGCGGGAGAAAAAAGGACGACGCUGCCGCGGGGGGAGGAGCUACACGGAAGGAAGCUGCAAAGAAUGAAGCCGCCACGCCGAAGCGGGGACCGCCCCUGAGGAACCCAAACGACGAAAUGAUGGAGAGCAACGAUGACCCAGAUAGCUGCAGCGUAUACGACGACACGGUUGAAAAAAAUAUAAACUUUUCGGAGAGCAUACUUGCCAAUCUGAAUGAUAACAUUUUCGAGCAGAAGGAUUCCUUUAGUAGUGAGAAGCUAAGGGGAAACAUAUUAAUGCUGCAGGAAGAAAUGGAGAAUGAAAAGCGGUUAGAUGUUCAUCACCCCGGGGAGGGGAGAAGCAGUAGUGCUUCUUCUUCCUCGUCUGUUCGUGUGCGGGGUGGACCUUCAAGACAAGGGGCAGAAGCGAUGUCACGCGGUGGGUGGAAGACUCCGCACAAGGGGCUCCCCGAGUCGUCAAGUUGGGGAGCACUAACCAAGCAGGAAGUUACAGAGGAAGGAGUGACAGCCCCCCAGAGGGAACAACCAAAGAAAAACAACCAACCGACGGAGGAGGGGAAAGAAAAAGAAAAGUUUGUCUUCCCAAUUAAGGUGAGCAAAACAAGCUGGAGUAGAGAAAAGGCACCCGAAAAUGCACACGACGAAUAUAACCACAACGUUAUUUACCACGAAUUGUACGUCGAGCUGCUACAGGUAAAUAAGAGUCUACAAAAUGAAAUUAAAAAUUUGAAGAAGAUAAUCGAGAUGCAGAAACUUUUAAUCAAAAGUAGGGAAGACGUAUUUGGUGGUAGUCAUAUGGAUGAGAAAAACAAAGUGAGUAGUAAAAAAUUUGUGAACAAUAAUUAUUUUUUAAAUUUUUUUAAUAAAAAAAAAAAAAAAAAUAAAGAGAGUUUUCCCGAUGUGUCAUCUGUGUUAAGGGUAGAGAGAGCCUCCGCCGCCACGUCCUCCUAUGCGAGUGUUACAAACAAUGAAGAGAUGGAGGAGGAUGAAAAGGCAGGGGAGUACUUCUCCAAAGGGGGGAAAGGACCCAGCCAUAGGGAGAACUACCAUCAGGCGCAUAAGAAGGGGGAGAAAAAUAGGCGGCCCAAAUGGGAGCGCGUGGACAACAACAGUGACGACGAAGGGUACUCAGAGGUGGAGAUGAACACGAUGGAUAAUAACGAAAACACGCACGGUCAUAAAAAUGAGUACGUGAAGUUGCCGCUGAGUGAGAACGAGGGCUCGGGCGGGUCGGAAAACGCCAGCGGUGGGGGCAGUUGUGGGGACAACCACAGUGACAGUCAGCGAGGUAGUCAUCUGGGCAGUCAUCUGGGCAGCCAUCUGGGCAGCCAGCGCACCCCCCUGCGCGAUAGCAUCCAGGGGAGCUACUUGUUCAAGAGGGGCAACUCCGGGGGUGUGCGCGGGAGAAGCCAGGGCGGAGGGCAAAAGAGCUACGAGCACGGCUACCAAGGGGGAAAAAAAAUAGACGGAGAAACAGAGUGCAGCGAAAUCCCCGUCAAUUUCCAAGAAAUAACAGCAGUGACAUUAUGGUAUGAAGAAAUCCUCCCCCUGAUUAACAACGAAAAAAAAAAAAAAAUUCUAAUCGACCGUAUGAUUAGCAACUACAUGCCCAUUGUUAUUAAAACGUAUUUUUGGGAAGUUCACAUCAUUAAUAAGCUAAAUAUAACGGACUAUUUUGUUCAAAUUUUGAUUAAGAAUACAAAAUUUAUUCAGUCGUAUGUCUACACGAACAACCAGCAGUACCACAACCAUGUGAGUAGGUACUUCAAGUCGUUGCUUACGUUUAGGAAUAGCAGCCUUGGCGGGGCGCUCUCGGAUGGGCCUGCUGUGGGUGACGACGCGGGGGGGGAGCAGCAUGGGGGGGAGCGGCAUGGAGGGGAGCAGCAGGGGGAGAAGGGCAGCAGCGGGGUGACUGAUAAGGGGGAGAAACCUCCGGGUGAGACCUCGCAUGGGGAGACUUCGCAGGGUAACACUUCGCAGGAGAAGACGCCGCAACGGGAGGAGGACAACGGCAGCGCCGGGCUGAACCUCCUCCAGCGCUUCUCUUUUCAGAAAUUUUUCUACCAAAUUCUGAUAGACCUAGACAGGACGUUAUACAUAAUCAAGAAGAACCAGGAGUACUUCAGAAAGCACGGCGUGAGCACGGACACCUUUCUGUUGACGCUGGACCUGGCGGAGACGAAGGCGAAGCUGAACACGCUGCUGCAGAUGUACGUGGUGUUUAAGCCGGAGCUGGGGUACGUGCAGGGGAUGUCCUACAUCGCCCUGGUGUUCCUCCUGUACUGCAACCUGGAGAAGGCCUUCGUGCACUUUGCCAACUUUAUGGAGCGAAAGGACAUUUACAACCUCUACAGCUUCAACAACAGCGAAAUAAAAGUCUACACCUACAUCGUCAAGGAAAUUCUAACCAAGCAAAACGUGGAGAUCUACAAGGAGAUCGCCAAGCAGUAUAAUAUUGAUAACAUCUUCAUUCAGUGGAUCUACACCAUCUUUCUGACGUGCCUUCCCUUUCACAUCUUCAUUCGCCUAUUUGACAUAUACCUUUUUAAUGAAAAAAUAAUUUACGAGACCAUCCUGUGCAUCUUCACCUACUUCAACAAAUUCCACCACGUGGAGAAUGUGGACGUCGUCGUGAAGAACUUGUCCGCCUUUUCGUUCAACACGCACAUCCAGGAGGACAAAUUCUGGUCCCUGCUGAAGAAGUCCAAAAUUAAAAAAAGGAAAAUUCUUUACUACCGGGAGAAGUACUUCAAGGGGCACAGAGACGUCUUAAACGAAAAGUAA